AUGGAUCAGACGCCUUUUGCCCAGGGGGUCUUUCCCAUAAGCCUCUGGACGACAUCCUGCCUCGUCGGUGCCCUCAUCUACCUCCAGAUACUCUAUGCAAUAUCCUACUUCACACGACCGUUCUCGAGUUCGCAUCGCGAGUUCCCACCUUUUAACAAGACUAUCAAUGGCACAGAAGCAUGGAUCAGCAAAACAAUCACCGGCAUCGUCCCGCUGACGGCCUACAGCUCUGCGACUGCGACUCAGCGCCAGUGGCGUCUAUCAUCCGGAAAUGGGAUCCUGAACAACACGAGCCCUUUAGUGGUUGCUCCUCCAUGUCCUCAACCUACCAGCUUGACACGAUCCGGCGCUAUACGUCGAACCGGCUCAUCCAUCUAUGAUGCAAUGCAGAACAUCAAGUCCAGCACUCGUGAGAGCCUGUGUUCCAUAACCAGCUCAGCCAAAGCCAUCUUCCGUCAACCCAGUACUUCCAAGCCUCUUCUGAUUGCCCCAUUGAACGGCUCACCUCUUGAUGAGGCGGCUCAUGAUGAGCUUCGGUCAAAGCCCUGGGAAGAGUUCGCGCAGCCUCUUCCGGUUCACCAACGGCCCGAUAGGAAUGCUCUGGCUGAUAUGCCAGCUCCCAACUCAGCUGCUGCGCGUCUAGCAGGCCAUUUCAGUGAUCCCGGUCCAUCUUCCGAACUGGAGACAAAGAAGAUCCCUAAGACUUUGGCAAAAGGAUUGAAGGCUGGUGCGGUCGAUCGUUCUGAGAUGGUGAAGAUGACUCGGGCUCAGAAAUAUCAUUCGAUUGAAAGCUAUCCUGGCAAGUUUCCUGUCAGCGAUUCUUUGGAUUACAGCUCGCUUGCGAGUGCUUUUGCUGUUCGUGGAAGGGGGACUACUUCCGUGCGUCCAUUCUCGGACUACUAG